CUUCCUCUUCCCAAUCCCUAAUUCCCCUUUCCCCCUAAAUGCUGCUUACCACCUCCAGUGCGAUCUGAGGUACCACAUCGUGCUUUUCGCUUCUCUGCCUUCUGCAAAUUCUGCAACCUCAGUUCCCCCACCCACCCAUUCACUCCUCCACAGAGACGACACCCCCACCCGGCUCAGUGACCUCCAGCGCCGCUGCCCGCCCGUCUCCCGCUUCCUCUGUCAGCUUCUCCGCUCCAGCCUUCAGCCGUCGCCGUCCCACUGGUUUGCUCGGAGUCUGUUUAUCCCACUGUCUCGAUCAGCAUGGGAGGAUCUCGAGCUCAAGUCAAUAAGCCUCACAAAACUCGUUUCUCCUCUAAAUCUUCUAGGAACAUUCAUAAAAUCUCUCACAAAGACAAGAACCGGAUUGCAAAAUCAAACCGUAAUGUAGCGCAGGGAGGCCGAGCUGCUCGGCUUCAGCGAAGCAAGAUGCUAAGAGAGCAGAAGAAGGAAGCUCUUUUGAAAGAAAAAAGGGCUUCAAGUGGAUCAGCCGGCCCUCCCCGUGUCAUUCUUCUUUUCCCUCUUUCCGCAUCUGUGAAUGUAAGGUCACUUGCUGAAGACAUUUUGAGAUUGCUAUCAGCAGAUGUUGGCGGAGCUUUUUCAUCAACAGUAGUUUCUUCAGAGUACAAACUGCGAGCAACAGUACUGCAUGCUCCUCAUGGGGACCUAUUAUCGUGUAUGGAAAUGGCCAAGGUUGCUGAUUUGAUUGCUUUUGUGGCAUCAGCCACUGAACAAAGCACAUGUGACUAUAUUGAUUCAUUUGGAAGUCAAUGCCUUUCAGUGUUCAGGUCUCUUGGUUUACCAAGCACUGUCGUUUUCAUUCGUGAUCUGCCUACGGAGCUUAAAAGACGAAAUGAUGCAAAGAAGAUCAUUACUUCCGGCCUUACUUCUGAAUUUCCAGAGGAUUGCAAGUUUUAUCCCGCAGAUACGAAGGACGACUUGCACAAGUUCAUGUGGCUUUUUAAGGAGCAAAGACUCACAACACCGCAUUGGAGAAAUCAGCGGCCUUAUCUCAUUGCUCAAAAAGUUGAUAUGGUACCAGAUGACUCCAUUCCAGAGCAGUGUACACUUCUCCUCACUGGUUAUACACGUGCUCACAGCCUCUCAGUGAACCAGCUGGUUCAUGUUUCUGGUGCGGGGGAUUUUCAAUUGAGUAGAAUUGACAUUAUGAAGGAUCCUAUCCCUUUAAAUGCUAGAAAAGAUCAUAAUGCUAUGGAUUCUGAUGACAUUGAAGAUGCUGAGAUCAUUCGUUCCCUAGCUCCUGAUCCAUCAAGCCAGGAGCCUUUGCUUGUUGAGAAUGUUCCAGAUCCACUUGCUGGAGAACAGACAUGGCCCACUGAAGCAGAAAUGGCUGAGGCUGAAAGAAAUCAAAAGCAGAAGAGGUUGAGAAAGAGAGCUCUCCCUCGAGGCACUUCUGAGUAUCAGGCUGCUUGGAUCGUAGAUGGUACAGAUGGAGAGGAUUCUGGCGUGGAGAAUGAUGGAGAUGAUGAUGAGGAUGAUGAUGGCAUGUUGUUGGAUGAAGGAGAAAGUGGCUUUCCUAGUCAAGAAGACACCAAUAAUCCAGAUUUUGAGGAAGAUCAAGCUUCCUUGCACUUAAGGGACUCUGAUGAAGAAACUGAAAAUGAUUCAGUGAUGAUGGAAGGGGACAAUAUGACAAGGGAACAGAUAGAGGAUGAGAUUAAAAAAAUAAAAGAGGCACAUGCCGAAGAUGAGGAAUUUCCAGAUGAAGUGGAUACUCCACUAGAUGUUCCUGCUAGAAAGCGGUUUGCAAAAUAUAGAGGCCUUAAGUCUUUUAGGACAUCCUCGUGGGACCCCAAAGAAUCUCUACCUCCAGAAUAUGCCAGAAUUUUUGCUUUUGAUAGUUUUGCAAGAACACAAAAGCAUGUUGUUGCAAAAGCUUUAAAAGUGGAGCAAGAGGGCAGGGAUGACUGUGCGCCAGUUGGUUCAUUUGCUAGGUUUUAUAUCAAGGAGGUUCCUUUUCAUGUUGCUUCCAACUUGUGUGCGGCAUCAAGAACUGCACCCAUUAUUUUAUGUGGUCUCCUGCAACAUGAGUCUAAGAUGUCUGUUCUUCAUUUUAGUAUAAAAAAGCAUGAUAGUUAUGAUGCUCCAAUUAAAUCUAAAGAAGAACUCAUAUUCCAUGUUGGUUUCCGUCAGUUUGUUGCUAGACCGAUCUUUUCAACUGACAAUAUUAAUUCAGACAAGCACAAGAUGGAAAGGUUUCUUCAUGCCGGACGUUUUUCAAUAGCAUCAAUAUAUGCUCCCAUUUCUUUUCCACCUCUCCCCUUGAUUGCCCUGAAGAAUGCAGCAGGAACUGGCACACCUGCAGUUGCUGCUGUUGGUUCCUUGAGAAGUAUUGACCCCGAUAGAAUAAUUUUAAAGAAGAUUAUUUUAACUGGUUAUCCUCAACGAGUAUCAAAGUUAAAAGCCACAGUACGAUAUAUGUUCCAUAAUCCAGAGGAUGUGAGAUGGUUUAAGCCUGUUGAAGUGUGGACGAAGUGCGGUCGUCGUGGUCGAGUUAAGGAACCCAUUGGUACCCAUGGUGGAAUGAAAUGCAUAUUUAAUGGGGCCUUCAACAACAUGAUACUGUUUGCAUGAGCUUAUACAAGCGGGCAUAUCCAAAGUGGCCGGAACACCGGUUCCCUGCUAAUGUUUGAUCAGGAGCUCCUGUUUCAUAAAUGCAGGAGAUGCGCUUGCUUGUAUUGGGAAUGAAGCACCGGUUCAGAAAUCUGGACUCCAAUUUACCAUGCUAUAUUCUUCCUCUCUUUGGUUUCUUCUCUAUUUGGGUUUUCUUUGUCCAUUUUGUGAGAUGGGGCAUUUGAGAACAAAUAUGAAAUUUAUACAGAAAGAAAAGCUGCAAUUUUUUUUGGCGAACAGAAGGUGCAUUUUGUUAGUUAGGGCAGUUGAAAACAAAUACCAUUGUCCAUACAGCUAAAGAGAAGCUUGCAUACUGAUCAGAUUUGAUUUUGUUUAGUUUCAGUAUAAUAACAUUUAAUUAUUUUACA